AUGGAGAAACUUAGUGGAUCGAUCUACUUGAAUUCACUCUACGGUGGCUUGAUGAGGUAUGCAUGCAAUUUGACUCUGGGUUAUGCCGAUUUGAAAUGGCGACGUAUCGGCCGGAAAUUCGUGCACAACUCCGGUCUGGUGAUCAUUAUCAUUUCCUUAGCGCUUGUGAUUUUUGCCUAUUCAUUUGACCUCAAUCACGCUCUCAAGCAAGAGAUUCGCGUUCUCAUCCUCCUAGCCAGUGCAAUGACGUCACAGAUUUACAUCUCGUCGGGAAUCGUUGGCAAUGAGCUGUUCCCGACUCCAAUCCGUACUCUUGGCUAUUCCUUCCUUCAACUAUGGAACAGGGCCGGCGUCGUAGUUUCGCCAUUCGUCUUCUACUCGGUGAGCAUUAGCGCUGAAAAAUGA